CUCCACUCCACCCCUCUCAUCCAAACUGCAGUCUCUGCUGCACCAUGGCGCUUCGCUCAAACACAUUUACUGUAUACGUGGCGCUGCAAAUAACGCUUUUAUUCUUUCUGAACAAUGCAUCUAUAAGUGCAAGCAGUGGACUGUCUUCAGAGAGUUUAUCCGGACUUUUAACGCCAUACGAUGAGCUCUAUUACCGCGGGGUUCGUGCUUAUUUUAAUGAAGAAUGGGAGCGAGCAGCGGAGUUCAUAGAGAAAUCCAUAACUACUCGAGAAAUGCUCCUUAAAACUAGACGCAACUGUCACGAUGAGUGUUUGACAGCAGGAGAUGACAGGCUCUCCAAACUGGACACAAUGGAUAAAAAUCUCAGGGAUCUGUGGAUACUGGACUGGGUUCAGCUCCGGGCAGAGUGUGUGAAGUUUUGUAUGGGUCGAAGUGUCUCUCCUGCUGGUCUGCUGCCAGUAUCUUCGGACAUUGAUUAUGAAUUUGGAACUCGCAACCCUUACAACUUCCUGCAAGUCACCUACUACAAGCUGGAUAAAGUGCAGAAAGCGGCAUCAGCUGCUCACACGUUCUUUAUGGCCAAUCCCAGUCACCUGGAGAUGAGGAACAACAUUGAGAAGUACAGGAGGAUGAUGGGAGUGAAAGACGAAGACUUUCUGGACAGAGAAAGGGAGCAUGAGAAACACUGGGAGAUGUAUGAUUCAGCCAUCCAGGCUGAGGGCUUGUCUGAUUGGUUGAAGGCUGUAAUGAAGUGGAAGGAGUGUGUGAAUGAGACAUUAAAGCAGACAGAGGAUUGUAGGGCUCAAUGUGUGACAGCAUCACAGUUAAUCCCAGAAGAACCAGACAGUGUGCAGGGGGUUUACGAGAGAGCUGCAGCACUUUCUCUCUCUCUGCUGUCAUGCAAACAGACGUGUGUGUCCCUGGUGUCAACCCGACCCGGACGGGUUUCUGCUGUUGAGGACUUUCUGCCAAUGCAGCUGGAACAUCUUCACAUUGCACAGUACAAAGCUGGUGACCUGAAGGGGGCGGUGGAGACCCUGCGGUCCUUGUUGCUUUUUUACCCCACAGAUUCAGACUCCCUCAGUAACCUGCAGCUGUACUCCCAAAAUCUGGAGGGUGAUACUGGGGCUCUGGAAACAGGACCCAUACAGGAAAUUGCUGUGUAUAUCAGCAGAUCACUGGAGGAAAAGAAACUGCUGUAUUUUGGGGUGGCAAACUUGGACUUCAAAUUCAGUGAUCCGGAUCUCUGGACACCCGAGGACCUAGUGCCCGAAUCAUUGAGAGAAAGUUGGAGAGCAGAGAAAAAGUUACUUCAUGAAAAACUAAAGCAGGGAGAGAAAACAGAAGAGCUGGAUGACAGUGGAUUUUAUGCAGGUGGUCCUGUACCUGUAGUUGGUGUAACGAUCACUAUGGAUGAUCAGGUGCUGAACGGGACCAACCGUGUGGUGCUGGAUGGAGUUUUAUCUCAGUCUGAAUGUGAUCGCGUGAUGCAGCUGGCUAGCGUUGCUGCAUCGAUGGGUGAUGGUUACCGGGGGCGACGCUCUCCUCACACACCACAUGAGAAGUUUGAGGGUUUGACUGUUCUCAGGGCACUUAAGUUGGCUCAGGAUGGGCUCGUUAACCAAUCAGAUGCCAGACUGCUACAUCAGAUUGGAGAAACCGUGAGAGUUCUGAUGCACUCGUACUUCAGAAGUCACUCUGAUCUUUAUUUUUCCUACACCCACUUGGUGUGUCGCUCCGCCAUCUCAGGGCACCAGGAGGGACGGUCAGAUCUUUCUCAUCCAGUUCAUGUGGAUAACUGCAUCCUGGAGCCGGAGACCAGACAGUGUUGGAAAGAACCUCCUGCCUUUACUCAUCGAGACCUCAGUGCAGUUCUUUACCUGAAUGAUGAUUUUGAAGGCGGUGAAUUCUUCUUCACUGAUCGAGAUGCCAAAACAGUCACCGCAAGUGUUAAGCCAAGCUGUGGGCGACUUGUAGGAUACACAUCAGGACCUGUCAAUCCUCACGGUGUUACAGCAGUAACCGCGGGUCGACGAUGUGCAUUGGCGCUCUGGUUCACCACUGAAAAGCACCACAGAGAUAUGGAGCGUGAGGAGGCUGAGAGCUUAUGGGCAGCAGAUGGACACAGCGUAGUUAAGGAGGAGAAGGUUGAUGAAGAAAGCACUUCAAAAACUGCCCGCAGUGGGAGAAGCCAGGUCAGAGAGAGGAGCAAAGAAAGACAGGGAGUGACAGGGAGGCGGGAUGAACUGUAAGAGUGACAGGUGAAUGAGCCAAUCAAAUGAGAGACUGUGCAUCUGCGCUCAUUUCCCUUGAUUAAUAUGCUGCCUUUGCACGCUGUUAUUUUUUCACAAACACGAGUUUAUUUGGAUUUCAGACUGGAUGUCUGUGUAAGUGUGAAUUAAGUGCGUAUGUGUGUUUUUGCCUAUGUUUCAGUAUGACUGUAUGCAGUAUGAUGUUUGUUUUUAUGGUUGUGUUAAAAACAUUUUCUUUUUAUUGAAAGAAUAAAGAAACAAUAAAUGGAA